AUGGCCUGUUUUCCUACCAUCGGAAAUCUUUCUUCUGAAUUCUCCAGCACGAUCUCAUCCCCACUUGAGAGGGUUUAUUUCCACUUUGCGUCUAAUGUAUUUUGGGAAUCUUACACCUCUAUUUUUGGCCUGACUUCUAUUGUGGACAAAGAGAAAACGCUUAAUAUCUUUGUGCCUACCGAUUUAUCUUGGGAACGGGAAAAGUUAUCUGGGUUUAUACUUUCCCUCGUAGAGCUGGCAGAAAAAUGCCUUGGCUGCCAAGUAUUAAGGAUUUUCCCUGUAGAGGGUUCCUUCAUCCUCUCUUCUUUCAGGAAUGACCUUGAAUUUGCCGGCUUUGUUCCCGAUUCGCCGCUGCAAACACCCAAAUUCUACUUUCUGCGUUUUGCAUGA